GGGUUCCCCCAAGAACCUUCGGCCGAGCAUGAUCCACCCUUCGCUGCAGAUGUUGAACAGAUGAACGCCCCUUCUUCUGUGCUUCUCUUGAAUGCUGGCAAUGACCGGGUGGACCAGCGCACCUGUCUGAUCUGCGGGGACCGAGCAACGGGCCUGCACUACGGCAUCAUCUCCUGCGAGGGCUGCAAGGGUUUCUUCAAGCGGAGCAUCUGCAACAGACGGGUCUACCGAUGCAGCCGUGACAAGAACUGUGUCAUGUCCCGCAAGCAGCGUAACCGAUGCCAGUACUGCCGGCUCCUCAAGUGCCUCCAAAUGGGGAUGAAUCGGAAAGCCAUCCGUGAAGACGGCAUGCCUGGAGGCAGGAACAAGAGCAUCGGACCUGUCCAGAUCUCCGAGGAAGAGAUCGAGCGGAUCAUGUCUGGGCAGGAAUUCGAGGGGGAGGCCAACCUCUCCUGGUGCAACAACGGGGACAGCGACAACAGCUCCCCUGGCAAUGGGGUGUCCGAAAGCAACCAGCCCUCCCCGGUCUCGACUCCAUCUUCAAGUAGGUCUGUGGAGCUGAACGGAUUUACUGUUCUCAGGGAUCAAUACGUGGGGGCACCGGUGUCAGCCCCCUACCAGUACCUCCCGCACCUUCUAAGCUGCCCAGCUCACACAGCCCUGCUGCCUCCCCAGCCCCGUAGCCUCGACCCCCAGUCCCACGGCCUCCUCAUCAGCCAGCUGGUGUCUGCCGAGGACCUGGAGCCCUUGGGCACCCCGAUGCUGAUUGAAGACGGGUACAGAGUGACCCAGGCCGAGCUGUUUGCCCUGCUCUGUCGGCUGGCGGACGAGCUGCUCUUCCGGCAGAUCACCUGGAUCAAGAAGCUGCCGUUCUUCUGCGAGCUCUCCAUCAAAGACUACACCUGCCUGCUGAGCUCCACCUGGCAGGAGCUGAUCCUGCUGUCCUCCCUCACCGUCUACAGCAAGCAGAUCUUUGGAGACCUGGCGGACGUGACUGCAAAGUACUCCCCCUCCGACGACGAACUCCACAGGUUCAGCGAAGAGGGGAUGGAAGUCAUGGAAAGACUGAUCUACCUGUAUCGCAAGUUCGGCCAGUUGAAAGUGAGCAACGAGGAACAUGCCUGCAUGAAAGCCAUUAAUUUCCUCAACCAAGACAUUCGGGGCCUGACCAAUGCCUCCCAGCUGGAGCAGCUGAACAAGCGGUACUGGUACGUCUGCCAGGACUUCAUGGAGUUCAAAUACCCGCAUCAGCCAAACCGGUUUCCAGACCUGAUGAUGUGUCUGCCAGAGAUCCGAUACAUUGCAGGAAAAAUGGUGAACGUCCCUCUGGAGCAGCUCCCACUCCUGUUUAAGGCCGUCCUGCACUCUUGCAAAGCCUCCCCGAACAAGGAAUGAAGCCGGCCGGGAGACCCGAGGCCUCCCCAGCAGAGGAAGGAGCAGCCACCCCGCGAUCCGGCCAGCGGGGACGUCUCCCAGCCUCUGGCAGGGCAGUGGGUAGCCUUGCCGGCGUAGCAGGAA